AUCCCUGUAUUUAUUUUGGGAGGUUCCCUGUGUUUAUUUUUGGGGAUUCCCCGUGUUUAUCCAUGGGAGGGUUCUCUGUUUAUCCAUGGGAUUCCCCAUGUUUAUCCAUGAGGGUUCCCUGAGUUCAUACAUGGGAGGUGUCUGUGUUUAUUUUUGGGGGGUCCCCUGUGUUUAUCCGUGGGGAGUUCCCUCUGUUUAUCCAUGAAGGGUUCCCUGUGUUUAUCCAUGGGAUAUCCCUGUAUUUGUUUUUGGGGGUUCCCUGUGUUUAUUUUUGGGGGUUCCCCAUGUUUAUCCAUGGGGGAUCCCCCUUUUCACCUUGGGGGUUCCCCUUUUUACCUUGUGUGGCCCCUGUGUUUACCUGUGGGGCUGUGGUUGUUCCACUUAGUUACAAUAUUUACCAUAUUUACCAUAUUUACAAUAUUUGGGAUCCCUGUGUUUUCCUGUGGGGUUCCCUAUAUUUUCCUGCAGGGACACAGCCACCCCCCAAUCCAACCCAGGAUAGUUUCAUUUCUAUUUGCACUCAAACACAGAUUUAUUGUUGGGUGGUUUUCUGCUAAAAGGAGGCUCUUGUUGUUCAGAAGGAUCCCUGUAAGGUGAUGAUGUGUGCUGAGCUCCUUCCCAUGUUUCCUAAGGGAGAUUAAAAAGAAAACAGGAAAUGGAAUGAAGCUUUAGCUUUCCUGUGGAUACCCAGGGAUGUGUUAUCUGUGUUUUGAGGGUCAGCCAUCUCCUUGGAAUGCAGGCAUUCUCAUCGUGGGUUAACAUCAACACACAGCCACAGGAAGGAGAGGAGCCUGCUCCUGAGGAAUUUAUGGCUUUGUGACCAAAUUUAAUGUUUUCUUCCCUUUGAAGCAUCCCCUGUUUUCAGCCUGUGAAACCUGGGGGAAGUGAGAUUUUUUUUUUUUUUCCUCACCCAGGUUUUUUCUUUCCCCUUGCAUCUUUUUCCAUGAGGCUCAGCUUGCAGAGACUCCAGCUGCCUCUUCCAGAAAUGUGAUUUUUACAUGGAAGUUGAUCUCCCUGGGCUGUCUCCUGUGUUUCUUUGUGCUGCUCACACGGCUCUGUGCCAGAACCAUGGCCACGGACUGGCUGGGCAGCAUCGUGUCCAUUAACUGUGGGGAGAGCCUGGGAGUGUACCAGGGCAGGGUGUCUGCUGUGGAUCAGGUCAGCCAGACCAUCUCCCUCACGCGGCCCUUCCACAACGGCGUCAAAUGCCUCGUGCCAGAGGUCACCUUCAGGGCAGGUGACAUCACUGAGCUGAAGAUCCUGGAGAUCCCGGGGCCGGGGGACAGCAGGCAAUGCGGGGACUCGCAGCACAUGGACACGGCCAUGCCAGGGGUGGGCUGCCAGGUGGGGCCCAGCCAGAACGGCACUGGCAAGGUGCUGAAGAAACCCAUGUCCAGCAGUGCCCCACAGAACAUCCCCAGGAGGACAGACAUGAAGAGCCAGGACAUUGUCAUCUCACCACAGCAGCAGUGCUCCAAGAGCUACAUGGAUCGACACAUGGAAACGCUGAGCCAGUCCAAAGGCUUCCGGCGGAGGCACAACUCCUGGUCAUCCAGCAGCCGCCACCCGAACCAGGUGACCCCGAAGAAGAGCGGCCUGAAGAAUGGGCAGAUGAAGAGCAAGGAUGAUGAAUGCUUUGGGGAUGACAUUGAUGAAAUCCCAGACACCGAUUUCGAUUUUGAGGGCAACCUGGCCCUUUUUGACAAGGCAGCUGUGUUUGAAGAGAUCGAGACUUACGAGAGGAGGAGCGGCACCCGCUCCCGAGGGACCCCCAACGAGAAACCCGCCCGCUACCGGCACGACGAGAACAUCCUGGAGUCGGAGCCCAUCGUCUACAGGAGGAUUGUGGUACCCCAGAACCCCAACAAGGAGUUCUGCACGGACUCGGGGCUGGUGGUCCCCAGCGUGUCCUACGAGCUGCACAAGAAGCUGCUGGCGGUGGCCGAGAAGCACGGGCUGACCCUGGAGAGGAGGCUGGAGAUGACAGGGGUGUGUGCCAGCCAGAUGGCCCUGAGCCUCCUGGGGGGGCCCAACAGACUGAACCCCAAGAACGUGCACCAGCGGCCCACGGUGGCGCUGCUCUGCGGCCCCCACGUGAAGGGGGCGCAGGGCAUCAGCUGCGGGCGGCACCUCUCCAACCACGACGUGCACGUCAUCCUCUUCCUCCCCAACUUCGUCAAGAUGCUGGAGUCCAUCACCAACGAGCUCAACCUCUUCAGCAAGACACAGGGCCAGCAGGUGUCCAGCGUCAAAGACCUCCCAGACACCCCGGUUGACUUAGUGAUCAACUGCCUGGAUUGUCACGAGAAUGCCUUCCUGAGAGACCAGCCUUGGUACAAAGCAGUGGUGGACUGGGCCAACCAGAACCGUGCCCCCGUGCUGAGCAUAGACCCCCCCAUCAGCGAGAUGGAGCUGGGCAUCGACGCCAAGUGGUCGCUGGCCCUGGGGCUGCCGCUGCCGCUGGGCGAGCGCGCCGGCCGCGUCUACCUCUGUGACAUUGGCAUUCCCCAGAAGGUCUUUCAGGAGGUGGGCAUCAACUACCACUCACCCUUUGGCUCCAAAUUUGUCAUCCCCCUGCACUCCACUUAGAGCCCGUGCAGCACUCUGGCUCUGAAGGGAGAGAGGAGGAGCUCUGUGAAAGCCAAGCUGUGCGCUGGAUCCCGGCUGGUCGACUCUGGUGACGCCUUAAAGAAAAGAAAAAAGGAUGUGAAGUUCUGGAGGGUUUGCCUUCUGGAAGAAACGCUGUGUAUUUAAAAAGAAAAAAUGGAAUAAUCAUAAAAUGAGAUGAAAAAAAACCAACAAACAGAAAAUGAGGAGGAGGAGGAGGAAGCGAAUUGUUCCUGCAAAGCUGUUUUCAUUCUCUCCUGCUGUGGAAUGAAGGAGCGUGCAGGACCAUGGUGUCUGUCCCCUGCUGCUGCCCAGCCCUGGCUGGCACAUGGUACAAAUAAGGCUGGUUUGGAGCUUUGAGAUGUGUUUCGAGUCCUUCUGGUUGACUAUUCCCAGCAAGGACAUCCUGGUGGGAGCAGCAUCCCUUGAUUGUGUAGAAAUCCCUUGUGUCGAGGGAAAAUCUUGUUUGGUUCCCAUGUUGGUUCUGACUGCCCCAUCCCUGUUUUGUGUUCUGGAAGGCAGUUGUAGCUCCCUCUGCUUCCCAGCCCGUCCAGCCCCUCACAGAGAGGGUUCCCUGUUUGGAGAGCUUGUGUCAGGAGCCAGGGGCUCCCACAUGCUCUGGGAGCACUGAUGUCCUUCCUCAGCUAGGCCUUACUGCUUAUGUACUGUUGGCUUUUCUUUGUUCGCUUCGUGGCCAAAGCCCACCUCUGUGGGGUGGAGGCCUGGUAUGGAAAAGAACUUUUCCAGCCUCCUCAUGGCAUUUGGGAUUGUUUUCUUUUGUUCUUUCUCUGCGCUGGCCUGGUGAGUGGCUGCUCCAGGGCUGGGGGAAUGGAGCAGGGCAGGGCAGGUUGCUCUGGGGUUGUUGGGUGCUGUGUGAUGCAGGUGAUGUUCAGGGUAAGCUCCCCUGUCCUUCCAGCAUCCCUGCUACAUUUGGUAUUGUUUGGGAAGUAGCUCAUGGAUCUGUUCGUUCCCCUUGGAAUCAAAGCCUGUGUGUGGGGUGGGCUUGGCCUGGGGAGGGCUUUGGUUCCUGUCUGCUGGCAGGAGAGGGUGUGGUGGGAGCUGCUGUGCUCCUGGAGGGCUGUGGAAUUCCCUGGGCGGGAUUUCCAUCAGAAAUCUGCCCUGCUGUCCUGUGCCUGGCCAGAAAUGUUGAAUUAUCCUUUCCUGUGUUCCUUUUGCUGGCCUGGGUGCAGUGCCCGGAGCAGGCACGAGCAGAGGAGCCACCAGCUUGCUGGUUUGGCAUCAGCUCGGGCACCCACCCUGCUGGCUCUGUGUGCCCCCAGAGCCGAGCCAGGGAGCUGCUCCUCGGGAGGAGCUGGGAACAUGGGCAGUGCUGGGAGCUCUGCUGCUCCUCUCACACUUCACCCAUCCCCAGGGCUCCUGCAGGCUCCUCCACCUCGCCCAGCCCUGCUCUGGCACCGGGGAGAGCUCUGGGUGCUGCCUCUGUUCCCAGGAGCUGGAUCCCUUGUGGGGCUGAAGCACAGGGACCAGUCCAGUGUGGGACCAGUCCCACAGACCCGCUUGUGCCCCACGCUGGGGCUUUAGUCAGGCACUCAUCUUUCCUUCCCUCUGUUAGAACCAAGGCCAGGGCUGCCAGAGGAGGAGGGAAGAGCCUUCCCUGCUCGGAGGAAGCGAUUACUGGGUCUAGCCUGGGAGUGUGGAGGGCCCAGGAGGCUGCUGAGCCCCGGGCUCACCCCGAGGUCUGGCCCCUGCACGUUGCCAUAUCUACCUCAGCAGGGCCAGGGGCUGUGCCCUGGCUGGCUGCAGCCCUGCUUCCCCUCAGCUGCUCUGGGACUCUGCUGCCUGGGGGCUGUGCCCUCCGUCCUGGGCACAGGGCCACGUGUGCCCCACGGUUCAGCCCCAGCUGCGGUGGCACCGACCAGGCUGUGCUUCUGACUGGGACAGCACUGGUUACUCACAACACAAACACAAGGUUUCCCUCUGCCUUUUUUGGUUUUUUGGCUGUUUCCUUGGAUCUUCACCCGGGAGCAGCAGCAGGUUAAAAGGUUGUUGCUGUAGUCAGUGUUAGCUUUAGUCCUCUUCCUUUCACUCUCUUUGCUCAAGACACUCAGUAGGAGACUUGCUGUUUCAAUUUCUGCUUUCUGCAGGUUUUUCCUGCCCUUUCUGGGUUUGGCUGUUGAACUGUAGCUUGUACACACAGACCAGGAGCAGGGCAGGGACAGUCCAGGGUGUAGCUGCCCUGCCUGGAAGGCACUGGGGCAGGUGAUGGUGUUUUUGCAGGGAUGGAGCUCUGGGAAGCACCAAGACCCCGGUUGUUGCCAGCCUUGAAAUGCUUCCCCACGUUGAACUAUAAAAAUAAAGUGAACGGUGUUGCACAACAGGGGGGUUCAGCCCCUGGUGUAGGGAACAGGAUUCCCAAAUCUGUGCAGGGUUCAGGGCACAGCAGGCAGCGUGGGGCUGUGCUCACUGCCUGCAACAUUUGUGUGUUUGGCUGUACUUCCCCUCACUGCAGCUGUUUCUUGGCUUCACGCACCUGGAAAGUGAGGUACCAGCUCUUCUGGAGCACUCAGAGACCCCCCAUGAUGCCAGAGUUAAUUCCAAGAGCAGAGCACUGUGGUAGCUGUGUUUGGGAUAGUUCCUACCCCCACCUGCCCCAGCAGCACAGCAGCUGCCCCUGGGUGCUGCUCUGGGCCCACUCUGGUGACAGGUGACGAUCACUGCGCGUGGCACUGCUUGGUGACCCCAUUUGUGACCUGAUGUUUGUAACGACCAAUUCCUGCCGCUGCGGGGGACCACGCCCUGAAAUAAAGUGCAACUCUUCAUGUGUG